AUGGGGAAUUCUUGCUGCAGUUACUCAUAUGAGGAUGAGGAUGAAGGAAAACCGAUCGCACCUCGACUUCGGUUCGUUAAUGGUAGUCCACAACAGCAAGGGUAUCAGGCAAUCAGCGAUUCUGUGAAUAUACCUGUUUUUGAUCAAGCUGCACAAGAGAGACUGAAAUUAAAUCAUUUGAUUUGGCAACAUUUCUGGAAAUGUAAUCUUAUUUCGCCAGUUGAACAAAAUUUCCAUUAUGGUGCCGCUGUGCUCGAUUCUGGAUGUGGUCCCGGCACAUGGUUAAUUGAAAUGGCUGAAAAAUAUCCAGCAGUAACAUUCACUGGGGUCGACAUUUCACGAACAUUUCCUUACAAACGGCAACGUCCACACAACACUGAAUUCUCGCAAUGUGAUAUCCUAGACGGCUUGCAUUACCUAGACGCUACUUUUGAUUUCGUGCAUCAACGAGCGAUGUGUGAUGCGUUCACUAAACAACAGUGGGAAGAAAAAGUUAUCAAAGAACUGACAAGAGUGACAAAGCCGGGUGGGUGGUUGGAGUGUGUGGAGGCUGAGGUCGGAUUUAUUGGAGAUGGAGUUGCAACUCGAAAGAUUUCUGAUGCUGUGAAAUUACUGUAUGAGAAUGAUGGAAUGCUUUCAAAUCCUGGGAAAGAACUGCUGCGACUGUUUCAUGCAAAUGGACUAGAAAAUGUUCGACAUGUAGAAAAAGAUAUUAUAUUAGGCAAAAAAUCUGGGAAAUUCGGUGAAGCGGCACUAAAUCACAACGUAACGCGAUUACGCACGCUCAAACCUUUCUUGAAACCUCUACUAGCACCGGACAUCACCACUGACUCACAAUAUAACAGACUUAUUGAUACUUUUAAAAAGGAAGUCGAACAAGUAUCUUCGUCAUCGUCGCAGCCAGUCGUGUUGCGUACACAUAGAGUUAUUGGACAACGUGAAUUUUCGAGGAGUUACUUUUUUUAA